AUGUGAUUUAUGUAAUUGAUAAUAUAUUAAAAUGAGAGAUUGAAAAUGGAAAAUGAGGUAAUUGUUGAGGUGAAGGAAGAGGGAAGUUGGGGAAUGUAAGGAACCAAUGAGCAUGAGCCGCAUUUUGAUAUCACAUCUCCAAUCAUAGCGUAUACUCAAAUGGAUCAUCCGGCGAAAUCGGAUACCCAUCUGUGACAAGAAGUGAAAUUUGUGAAGGAAUUUAUAUAGUCUAAGAUCUUUAUAAACAAAAAGCGCGCACGAUUGAUUGAUCGAUCGAUCGAUCGAGCGAGAGAGAGAGAGAAGAAGGAAGAGCAAGUGUUCGUUCGUGGGUAUAUGUUUGGGAGAGAGAAAAAGGUUUUUAGAGAGACGAGACAUACACAGGGGAGAGACUUUUAGAGAGAGAAAGUUCUGGGAGGCGCAGGGGAAUUGGGCCUUUUUUCCCAGUUCGCGAUGCUUUGAUUGAAAUCUGCAGCAGCAGCAGCACCAACAACAACAAUUGGAUUUUCCCCUUUUGGUUUUGUUGUUUUGGUUUUUUUUUUUUUUUUUUCUUCUUCUUCUCCAAUUUGUUUUUCUGGGUUUUCGAAAAUCGUUGACGGGGUUUGUUUCCAAGCGGUGGUUUUUGUAAACCCAGAAAGGGAUCUUCGAUGCAUUGAUUUGAUUUGGUGGAUUUGGAUUUUUCCUAUCUGGAGUUGCUUGGAUUUGCGUUUUUUUUUUUGGCGAAAUGAAUGGUGGAAACGAGGUCGUUGCAGCUCAGGCCGGCCCGCCGCAGCCGCUGGACUGGAAAUUCUCCCAGGUCUUUGGCGAACGUACAGCCGGUGAAGAAGUUCAAGAAGUCGAUAUUAUUUCAGCAAUUGAAUUUGAUAAAAGCGGGGAUCAUCUUGCUACUGGUGACCGUGGUGGCCGGGUGGUGCUCUUUGAGAGGACAGAUACAAAAGAUCAUGGUGGAUCUAGAAGGGAUCUGGAGAGGACAGAUAAUGCAAUUAGCAGGCAUCCAGAGUUUCGUUAUAAAACAGAAUUUCAGAGUCAUGAACCUGAGUUUGACUAUCUGAAGAGUUUGGAAAUUGAGGAAAAAAUUAACAAAAUCAGAUGGUGCCAGCCAGCUAAUGGUGCCUUAUUUCUGUUAUCUACUAAUGAUAAAACUAUCAAAUACUGGAAGGUGCAAGAAAAGAAGGUAAAAAAGGUUUCUACCAUGAAUGUGGAUCCUUCUAAAUCUGCUGGAAAUGGCAGCAAUGCAAGUUCGAGCAAUUCAAGUAGCUCUGGAACAUAUCUUGCAAAUGGAGGAUCCCCAAACCGGUGUCUCAAUAACGACCUCUCAUUUCCAGUAAGGGGCGUACAGUCACUACGCUUACCAGUGGUAACUACCCAUGAGACUAACCUGAUGGCUAGAUGUCGAAGAGUGUAUGCCCAUGCUCAUGAUUAUCAUAUCAACUCCAUCUCCAAUAACAGUGAUGGAGAAACUUUUAUAUCAGCUGAUGAUCUGCGGAUAAAUCUUUGGAACUUGGAAAUUAGCAAUCAAAGUUUCAAUAUUGUUGAUGUCAAGCCUGCUAACAUGGAGGAUCUGACUGAGGUGAUAACAUCUGCAGAGUUUCAUCCUACUCAUUGCAAUAUGUUAGCAUAUAGCAGUUCAAAAGGAUCCAUUCGCCUAAUUGAUUUGCGGCAGUCAGCAUUAUGUGACUCUCACGCCAAAUUAUUUGAGGAGCAGGAAGCACCUGGUUCUAGAUCCUUUUUUACUGAGAUUAUUGCUUCGAUCUCUGAUAUUAAGUUUGGAAAGGAUGGAAGAUACAUUCUUAGUCGUGAUUACAUGACUCUUAAGUUGUGGGACAUUAAUAUGGAUUCUGGUCCAGUAGCAGCAUUUCAGGUUCAUGAAUAUUUAAGACCCAAGCUCUGUGACCUAUAUGAAAAUGAUUCAAUAUUUGAUAAGUUUGAGUGCUGUUUGAGCGGAGAUGGAUUGCGAGUGGCUACAGGCUCUUACAGUAACCUAUUUCGUGUGUUCGGCUGCAUAUCGGGAAGUUCAGAGGCUACAACUUUAGAAGCCAGCAAAAAUCCAAUGAGGCGUCAAGUUCAGACCCCUUCAAGGCCUGCCAGGUCUCUGAGCAGUAGUAUAUCACGAGUCGUAAGACGAGGAGCAGAAAGUCCUGGGAAUGAUGCAAAUGGAAAUUCCUUUGAUUUUACAACAAAGUUACUUCAUUUAGCUUGGCACCCAACCGAGAACUCGAUUGCUUGCGCUGCUGCUAACAGCUUGUACAUGUACUAUGCGUAAACAUGGUUAUGGUUUAGCAAGAAAACGUAAUUGCUCGGUCAACUUUCUCGAGUUUCUCUCGGAGAAAGCUAUUUUCCCAUUUCUUUCCAGCCAUUGAACGUGCUUUUGGUAUCCCGGAUACAAAGUUGGCUGCCACACAAUCCUCCUCCACAAGGUUUAUGUUGAUUUCUCUGCAGUGGCUGCAUCUCAUUUUCCUCCCUCGUCCUCGUCCUCGUCCUCGUCCUGACCCCCUCUCCCCCCUCCAAUACUACUUAGUUUCUUCUUUUUUUCACUCUUUUCAUGUCCCUGUAACUUCUUCUGAAAAGAGAAGGUGCAGUUAUGUUUCAGAUUGUUUUGGGUUGGAGCCAUGAAGGAAAAAAAAAAAGAA